AUGUUCGUGUCACAGCCGCAGUACGAGUUCCCGUUUCCGCCUGGCCUGGAGCAGCCCGGCUCCCAGCACUGGCGCAUGGUCGAGUUGACCUUGCACGCUCCCUGGUUCCUGCUGUCGGUGGAGGUCCUCGAUGCCGACAUCCGCGACUGCAGCAUGACCCGCACCAUUUGCAUCGCCUGGGACUAUGACCUGGCCGAAGUGCUGCGUGGGCUCGAUGCCGAUUGCAUCCUGGGGAUCGUCUGCAUGAUGCCGGCCUGGGCGUCCCCCAACGGCCAAUGGUCGUCGCGCGAGGUCCGGGAAGUGUGGAUGUGCACGUCGGACGCCGGGCAGAGCGUGCUGCUGCUCGACGCCGCCGGUCAAGAGUUCGACUGCGGUCUGGUGCCGGAGCACGUGGAGCCAAUCAAGAAGGACCUGGCGGCGCAGCAGCGCCAGGUCUUCCGGCGGCGACACGACGCGCCGGAUGCCGAUGUGCGCGCCGUGGCGCUGCAGCAUCGUGGUCAGCGGGCCCAGCGUGCCCACCACGUUGCGCUCGCCGUCGAUCUCGAACUCCACCCACAGCCGCUGCGCCAGCGGGCCGACGCCGGCCAAGGCCUCGUCGAGCCGGCUGACGAAAGUCGGCCGCUCGGCCGAGCGCGGCGAGAUGCGCACGGCGACCUCUUCGUUCGUGGCGUUGUGGCCGGCGAUGCGGGCCAGCGCCAGCUCGGCCACGCGCAGGUCGAUGUCGGCGAUGCGCGCGGUGCGCAACGCGGCGGGCAGCACGUCGUCGGGGCCGAAGAAGCGGCCCUCGGCACUCUCCAGCCGCACCCGGGCGAGCUGGUGCGUGACGGCGCCGUCCGCGCCGGCCACGGGCGCCAGGCUCAGGUCGACGCGGCCGGUCAGCAGUGCCUCGUCGAUGAGGCUGCGCCACUGCGCCAGCGACACCGUCGGGCCGGUGCGCGUGGCGCGCACCAUCAGCCAGGCGGCGUCGUUGCCUUCGCUGGACUGCAGGCCGCGGUCCACGCGCGACAUCACCGCGCCGAUCGUCUCACCGCUCUGGAAGACGCUGGCCGCCAGCCAGCCCACGCGCGGCCGGUCGGUCAGUUCGCGCUGCUUGAGGCCGUGCAGCGCGUCGGCCAGCUCGCGCGUCCAGGCGUCCAGCGUCUCGGUGUCCACGCGCGGCACCAUGACGGCGAAGUCCGCGCCGUUCAGCCGCGCGACGGUGCCGCCGGCUUCGUCCAGCCGCAGCGCGCGCGUGCGCAGCAGCGUGGCCACCUGCUUGAGCAGCUCGUCCGCACGCUCUCGGCCGGCGCGCUGAUUCAGGCCGGCGAGGUCGUCGAUGCGCAACAGCACCAUGCCGCCGAUGGCUUCCUUGUCGGGGUCAUGCAGCAGCGUGGCCAGGCGGUCCAUGAACUGCGCGCGCGCCGCCAGGCCGGUGACCGGGUCGACCGAGAUCUCGGCGUGCAGCACGCCCAGGCGGUGGUCGCGGUCGUCGAGCUGCGCCUUGAUGCGCGUCAGCGCGACGUUGAUGACGCGCGACAUCGGCGACCACUCGAUGGGACCGUCCUGCACGCGCUCGGCGAUGCGGCCCUGCCCUGCGGCGUCCAGCUGCGCCAUCAGCGGCUUGCCACCGCGCAGCCACCAGCGCGAGAUGAACAGCAGCGCCACGCCGGUGGCCACGGCCGCCACGCCGUGGAUGACGAGCAGCCAGCCGAGCUGGGUCGACGUCAGCGCGCCGUGCAGCAGCCAGAAGUUGCCUAUGGCGGACAGCGCGAAGCCGCCAGCCACGGCCCCAGCCGCACGCUGCGUGGCGCUGCCUAUGCUCACGCCUCGCCUCCUGCGGCGAUCUGCUCGUACUGCGGGCCGAAGCGCUCGUCCAGGUUCUCGGCCACCAGCGAGGCGGCCGUCACCAGGCUGACGUCCAGCUUGUGCAGUGCGCGCUGCGCGUUGUCGCCGGCCUCGAUGGACGCGGCGACCUGCGUGGCCAGCGCCAGCACGGGGGCCAGCGUGCCGGAUGCGGGUUCGGCGUCGAGAUGA